AUGUCAACCGCACAGCAUCUUGCAUUCGGUGAGUUCCAGGAACAGGGAGCUUUAUGUCAAGCAUGGAUUACUAACCCCAAUACCCCCUGUCCAAUUGGUAUGAGUCAGCUUACUUCCCUGAGUGAUCUAGAUGAAGAUUCCUGGAAUAUCAAUACCCAUCCAAACGGCUUGCCUCAUUCAUACACUUCUGUUCAGAUGCAGGAUCUGAAUGUACCGAAUCAGCAAUAUCAUCUUAUAACCGCUGAAAUGUAUUCCGAUGGAGACACAGAACUUUCGUUCAAAGGACGGGCUGGACAAGGGGUGCUUUUCAUCGAGGAUAUAAUGAGAAGCAAGGGAUCGACUGGUCCUUGGAUAUCCGAAAUCAGUAAGGUAGUCUACGAAGACCACUUCGCUCUCGAUACCCUGCGGCACGUCUUUGUGACUAACAUUAGCAACGAGGAAACGAAAACAUUUGUAAAUGCUCGCCUUAACCUUGGUAGAGACGAGAAGGUUUGGGAGAGUGACGCUCCGCAAUUCCAGGAAAUACUAGGCACUCGAAUUGGUAAGCUUGUGGCGUAUCUUCUCCUGGGUGCCUUUCCGCGAGGGACACGGAAGAUUUCUCGCAUUGCCAUGUGGAAUACGGGACAUCAGGUCAAGUGCAUCCAGUCCCGGUUCGAUAUUGAGGAGAUCGACGCUUAG